GAAAGCUAUGAAGAUUCAAAGUUAAUGAGCUUGCGUUACAAUUGCGGCGGUUACAAAGUGAAGUUGUGGGAUUCUUGAACUUUUGAGAUUGAGUUAAGUUCUCCUCCUACAGCUUACCCCCCAGUGCGUCAAAAGACAUAGCGUCGCGAAUACUCCAUCAAUCGAUGUGAUUAAAAUUGAAAACGAUGUGAAGACAAGGCGGUUGAAUGUGGAUCAAUCUCGUUGCUUUCAUCUAUUUCUGUGCCUUUUUACCUUUGUCUCAUUGCAGGAAUGCAGAUGCGAAGACAAGGCGGCGGUAUGUGGAUCCAUCUGGUGGAGACCGUUCGAGGAAAUGGCAGUCAAGUGCAUGCCUUCUCUUCCCCCUCACAUGUCUCAGGAGAGCACUAAGCUGUCCUUCUCAUCUGUGCAUUUCAACCUUUCGAUCAUAACAGGGAUGCGGAUGUGAAGACAAGGCGGCGGUAUGUGGAUUUGGUGGAGUCCGUCGAGGGAAUGGUGAUAAACCGUACGCCUCAAACAAGGGCCAGUAUUUCUGUGCAUUCUGACCUUUCACUCAUUGUAGGAAUGCGGAUGUGAAGACAAGGCGACAAUAUGUGGAUUUGGUAGGCAAAUGAUGGUCCAAGCACUCCAAGCACUCCAGGCACUCCAAGCACUCCAGGCACUCCAAGCACUCCAGGCGCUCCAGGCACUCCAAGCACUCCAAGCACUCAAAGCACUCCAAGAAAGCACUCCAAGCACUGCAGGCACUCCAGGAACCACUCGGCACUCUAGGCACCACCGGGCACUCCAGGCACCUUAGGCACCAUCAGGCACUCUAGGCACUCCAGGCACCCCAAGCACUUAAGGCACCACCAAGCACUUCAAGCACCACCGAGCACUGUUCCCAAACCUUUUGUGUCCUGUCCAGGCACUCCAGGCACCCCAAGCACUUUAGGCACCACCGAGCACUGUUCCCAAACCUUUUGUGUCUUGUCCAAGCACUCCAGGCACCCCAAGCACUUCAGGCACCACCGAGCACUGUUCCCAAACCUUCUGUGUCCUGUCCAGGCACUCCAGGCACCCCAAGCACUUCAGGCACCACCAAGCACUGUUCCCAAGCCUUUUGUGUCCUGUCCAGGCACUCCAAGCACCUCAAGCACUUCAGGCACCACCAAGCACUGUUCCCAAACCUUCUGUGUCCUGUCCAGGCACUCCAGGCACCCCAAGCACUUCAGGCACCACCAAGCAUUGUUCCCAAACCUUCUGUGUCCUGUCCAGGCACUCCAGGCACCCCAAGCACUUCAGGCACCACCAAGCACCGUUCCCAAACCUUCUGUGUCCUGUCCAGGCACUCUAGGCACCCCAAGCACUUCAGGCACCGUCAAGCACUGUUCCCAAACCUGAUGUGUCUUGUCUAGGCACUCCAGGCACCCCAAGCACUUCAGGCACCACCAAGCAAUAUUCCCAAUCCUUCUGUGGCAUGUUCCAACUUCGCGCGCACUCCACCACCAUGCACAUGCGAUGAUGGCUUACCAGAUUUCCAAGUGGAUGACGAGGGGGGCGAGCAGGGGUUGAUUUCAACCUGUCCCAAUCCUUCUCUACCCGUUCCCAACCCCGCAGGCACACCAGCACCAGGCACAGGCGAUGACAGCUUGCCGGAUUUCUUGGUGGAUGAUGAUGGGGACAAGCAGGGCCUGCCGGAUGCUAUCUACAACAGCGCUGGUAACUGCAUGCUGCCGGUAACCGCUGCUCCUCGCAGCACUCUCACUCUCGACCGGCCUCUCUUCAGCAGUGAAACGCGCGUCAAGCUCAUAGUGGCUAUGGACCGUUCGUCUCUCAAUGGAGGAUCACUUGCAGCAGCAGCAUCAACCACAGGGGGGUGGACCUAUGCGGCCUUUGCCUCUCUGCUGCCUUCCCAUUGCUGGAAUUUCACCGCUGCUCUUCAAUCUGACGGCUCUCAGCUGCCCGUUCCUUUCAACGUCUGGACAUCCUUCCCCUCCUCCCACUCUCCUUCCUCCACCACUACCAGCACUACCAACACUGCCAGCAAUACCAGCACUGCCAGCAAUACCAGCACUGCCACCUUUGCCACCACUGCCACCACUGCCACUAUUCCCCUUGCCCCCAAUCCUGCUUCUUCCCUCGUUCCCUCCCCCUCGGCUGACACCACUCACAUUCUCGACCUCUCCUCUUCCCCCUCCUUCACCCUCUUUUACUCCUAUUUCGACUAGACCCUCUCCUUUCCCCACCUCCCCCCCUGCUAUCAGG